UUAUCCGUUUAAUCCAUCGACACUACCAACGUUCUCAAAUGAUUUGACUGCCACGCAUACACGUUUUAGUGACAUUUCUAUGUCACCCCUGUGUUUACUUUUGCCAGUAUUUAUGCCUGAAAGUCGAACAUAGUGUCGUAAAUCGCUUGUCGCAAAUUAGUGCCGUUGACGAUACCCGAAGCUUUUGCCUGACAAGCUUCCUUUUUCAUCCUUGGACAUGGCCUCUGCACCGGCACAACAGCCCACUUUGACUGUAGAGCAGACCAGAGUGGUGCUUAGUGAGGUGAUCCAGGCCUUCUCUGUGCCGGAAAAUGCAGUGAGAAUGGAGGAGGCACGGGAGAGCGCGUGCAACGAUAUGGGCAAGAUGCUCCAGCUGGUUCUCCCUGUUGCCACGCUAAUUCAGCAGGAAGUCAUCAAAGCAUAUGGUUUUAACAACGAAGGAGAAGGUGUCCUGAAGUUUGCUAGAUUGGUCAAGAUGUAUGAAACCCAGGACCCCGAAAUCGCUGCCAUGUCAGCCAAACUCAAGGCUCUCCUCCUGCCGCCUCUGUCAACACCACCCAUAGGGGGCGCCAUUCCGGCCUCGUAAAAUUGAAUGAAUACAAUACGUCUGCAGGAUUAGUGCAAAUGCCAUUUUAUGUCCCUCCACUAAAGGGCUCCAUUGUGUAAGCAGUCAUAAGGUCAGAUUUUUUCUUUUAAGAACACUUGUAGGUGUUUGUUGUAUUUAUCAAUUUUUAAUAACAUUUCCAUGAACUGAUUCCCAUUGUUUUAUAUACUGUACGUUAAUAAAUGUCAUUGUGUUGCAUUUUUGCAA